UUGUGGUUGCGCAUGUGUAUAACAUAUCUCCCACUCAUGACGUCGUCAUUUCAUAAUUAUUCAAAGUUUAAUAAUUACUUUCAACUAAUUAACGAUAAAUAAAAAAUAAAAAAUAUUUGAUAAAAUAAAGUUGUGCAAAUAGUGAGUAAAUAAGAGCACUUAUUCAUUUUUUUCUGCUGUUAAGGUUUCUUACCAGCGUUCCUGCGGUGUAUCUCAAUCAUCCUCCUUGUGUAGAGCUCCAUUGGUUUAACGUUUAAAGCGAAAAACAAUUUAAUUUAUAAUAAAAAAACUUGAUAAUUGUUUUAAAAAAUAUUGAUAAAAAUAGAAGACAAUACUACCGAUUCGCUUGAAGAUUUAAGUAGAAAUAUGCUAUUGGCAUAUGGAUUUGAUUUAGAAAAUAUUUCUAUCUGAUUUAUAAGAGGUACAAAAUUGUGAAGGAAAACAUGGCUACAAAAUUAAGGAAAAAGGAUACUUUACAAGCUGUUGUGUUAACUGACGACUUUACAACAGCAUUGACUCCAGUGCAGGAUGUAUUUCCAAGCAUGUUAUUACCAGUUUUAAAUGUACCUUUGUUGGACUAUCUUAUAGAAACUUUAAAAAUAUCCAGAGUAGAAGAAUUAUUUUUGUAUUGUAGCAGUCAUAUUGACUUGUUAAAAAAAUAUGUUAAAGAAAAAGAGUACGAAGAUCUUAUCAUUAAUUUAAUUGUUUCUGAUGGAUGUAGAUCUUUAGGUGAUGCUCUCAGAGACAUUGACACCAAAUGCUUGAUACGCGGUCAUUUUAUAUUGAUUAGAGGAAAUGCAUUUAUAAAUUAUGAUUUACGAAAUUACUUAAAUGUCCAUUGCAAAAAAGAAAACAUGGAUAAGGGUGCAGCAAUGACGAUGCUACUUAGAAAUGUUGGUAGUACCAACGACUCAUUCUUAAGAGAAGAAACUGCUCUGGUAGUGUCAAACAAAGCCAAUAAUAAAAUAUUUUUUUAUAAGAAACUGAAGAACGAUGAGAAGAAAAUUAAAUUAGAGUUGAAUUGGUUCUUGGAUAAUAGCGAAAUUGAUAUUAGCACGUGUUUCAUAGACACACAUGUAUAUUUAUGUUCACCCGCCGUACUUGUCUUAUUUGCUGAUAAUUUUGACUUUCAAACAAUGGAAGAUUUUAUUAAAGGUGUUUUAAUGAACGAAGAAAUACUAGGCGAACGAAUUCAUUAUCAACAAUUGAGUUCGGACAAUUAUAGUUUACCAAUUACAUCAUGGAAAACAUAUUAUACUCUAAGUCGUGAUAUUUUGCACAGACGUGGCUACCCGCAUGCACCAGGAAUGUUUGGUCCAUUAAAAAACUUUGUUUCUAUAUCUCGAAGCAGCUAUAAGCACAAAAGUGUUACUCUGGCUAAAGGUUGCACGUUAGAAAAAGAUUGUUUAAUCGGAGAAAACAGUACACUCGGACAAAAAAGCUUUAUUACUAAAUCUGUAAUAGGCGAUAAUUGUUCGAUAGAUCGAGUGGCGAUUAUAAAAAAUUCUUUUAUUUUUUCCAACGUCAAAAUAGGAAGCGGUUGUGAAAUUACGGAUAGUAUAAUUUUUUCUAACUGCGAUAUUAAGCAAAAUGCUAAAUUAGACGGAUGUAUAUUAAAUUCGGAAACGACCAUUAAUCCAGAAAAACUAUAUAUUGAUUCCAUUCUAGAAAUGAAAAAUGGUAAUUUAAUAAAUACAAAAAUGUCGGAUCAAGAUGUCGACGAAAGAUUGUUGUUUUUUAAAGAUAAUGAAGCUAUAGAAUAUGAUAGCGAUUCAACGGAUGAAUCAAGUACGAACGAAAGCUCGCGACAAUGUUCUCCGGUUCUCGAUGACACGAGUUUAUUUCUAUCAGAAGUUAUUGAUAGUUUGUUAAGAGGUUUUCAAGAUAAAUUGAAUUGUGAUAAUUUAAUAUUAGAAAUAAAUUCAUCAAGAUAUGCAUACAAUGUUAACAUGCGAGAAGUUACAUAUAAUGUCAUAAAAGCAAUAUUGAUUUUGCCAUCACACUAUUUGGCUGAGACUAAAGUUCCGAUUAAUAAUCAGAAUUAUUAUAACAAUUUAAAAGUUAUGAUACAUUAUUUUAAACCUAUUAUUUUGAAUUACGUUAAAACUGAGCUAGCACAAGAAGAUUGUUUACAUGCUAUAGAAGAAGUUGCUAGCAUGACCCAAGAAUUGUUACCGUAUUUAAAAAAUGUAUUACAUUUGUUUUAUAUUCUUGAUAUAUUGUCUGAAGAUAAAAUUUUAGAAUGGCAUGAAUCCAAUGAUGAAAAUGAUGAUAUUCAAAUCAAAAAAGUAAAAAACGCAGUACAAUCUUUUAUCAAUUGGUUACAAGAAUCGGAAGAUUCUUCUUCUUCUAAAACCGAUUAAACACAUAAUUGUGCAUACAAAGAAAAAAUAUGACUUCCAUUAUUAUUUCACAUAUUUUGUAAUACGAUAAGUUGAAUUACAAACAAAAUGUAUA